UACUGGAUGGGUGGGAAUCAUGGGAAUUGUAGUCCCUAACAGCUAAUGUGGAGUGCUGGAAUAGCUGAGAAGCAGGCUAAGUGAACACCCAUUCUUACAAGCUGUGUGUGCAGGCUGAUACCCCUCUGAUAUUUUACAUGAUCUGCUUUGUGAAUGUAAUGUCUCUUUUUGUGAGUGAUAUGGAGGAACAAGGAAAACAACCCCCAGUAGCCAAAGCACGCAAGAGAACAACGAUCAAAGGCACACAAAAGAAAAAAAGGAAGGCAACAAAAAAGCCAGAAAUUGAUGUAGCAAAAAGCAAAGAGGGCAAAACCAAUGAAAAUUCCCUAACAUGUCUUGACCCCCGGGAGAACUCUCACAAAUACGUAGGGGCACAUUUGUCUAUACAAGGUGGAAUUUGGAGAGCAGUAGUUGAAGCCAAGCGCAUUGGUGCUAGAGCUUUUGGAAUGUUCCUCAGAUCACAGAGGUCCUGGAAAAGCAAAAGUCUGGAUGAAGAGGCCGCUGAAAAAUUUAUAACCACUUGCCAAGAAUAUGGAUUUGAAUCCCGGUAUAUUUUGCCUCACAGCCCAUAUCUCAUGAACUUGGGGUCACCCAAGGAAGAUGUGUUUCUGAAGAGUCGAGCGAUGCUGGUAGAAGAGCUGGCUCGGUGUAUGCAGUUGGGCCUUACCUUGUACAAUAUUCAUCCAGGGUCCCGUGUGGGUGCUAUGUCUGUUACAGAGUGUGUGAAACGCAUAGCAGACAGCAUCAACUAUGCACAUUCUCACGUGUCCGGUGUUACUGUGGUCCUAGAAAACAUGAGCUGUCAAGGUAGUACAAUUGGUGGUCGAUUUGAGGAACUGCGUGAAAUUAUAGAUCACAUAACAGAUAAAUCCCGUAUUGGCGUGUGCCUUGACACAUGCCAUGCUUUUGCUGCUGGUCACAACUUGACACAUGACGCAGGGGUACAGAAUAUGUUGGAUGAGUUCAGCAAGAUUGUUGGACUUUCUUACCUUAAAGCGGUACAUCUAAAUGACUCUAAAGGAGAAGUUGGCUGCCGACUGGAUCGCCAUGAGAAUAUUGGGCAAGGUCACAUAGGAGUGAAUGGAUUUAGACAGGUUAUGAACGAGCCCCGCUUUGAUGGCAUCCCCAUGAUACUUGAAACACCCUACAACUCCAAUUUUGAAGACCAUUCUAAAGAGAUAGACCUGCUCUACUCAUUGUGUGAAACUACGUCAAACAGCUAAUUACUCAUUUCACUUUCAGAGUUUUUGAAAAUACUGUAAUGACAACCUCCUGUUCCCUAUAUAAUAAAAAUGUAAUGUUAACCCCUCAAAGGUUAGGGCAUUGUAGAAGGUUCACAAAUGUAUAUGUAAAAAAUAAAUAUUAAUAGAAGGUAACAAGUUUAA